AUGACAGUAAGUAUAUUAUUUUAGGUUUUUUAAUUGGAUUUUAAUGAAAAAUGAAAAGAUUCUAUUAGAAAUAAUAUCCAAAAUGUUGUUGACAGCCGUUUUUGUUUAUUUUUAGAGGUAUUUUUUUUAUAUUGAAGAUUGUGUUCUUUGCUUUUUAAUGUGGUUUCCGUUGUUUUAGACUUACGAUGAAGCUGUUGAGAAGGUAAAGUCUUUGAAGACUUCUCCAAGCAACGAUGAAUUGCUCCAGAUUUAUGCUUUGUUCAAGCAAGCAACUGUUGGCGACAACAAUACUGCCCAGCCUGGAUUCUUUGACAUGAAAGGAAAGGCCAAAUGGAAUGCGUGGAACGAAAAGAAGGGUAAGAUACGUUUGAUGGUGGUGUAAUAUGUAAUUGGCGACUUUGUUGCGUUCGGAAACUGAAGAAUGACAAUUUUUUAAACAUAUAGAAAGCCAAAUAUUUGUAAUUAAAAAAUAAUAUUAAGAUAUGAGUAUUUUACAUUGUGUAACGAUUGCCCAAUUGAAUAUUUUAAUGAAAUCUCUUCAGGUGUGAGCCAAGACGAUGCCAAGGCCAAGUACGUCGCUCUGUACGAUGAAUUGGCUGCCAAAUACGGUGUAAACUAA